AUGGAAGAAAAAAGAAGCAUACACUCGGAUCACAUCGAAGAUCUCGACGGUGAGAAAGCCCGGUCGCAUUAUGGCCAUUCACCGGUGAUGCCAGCCUCGCUGGCCGCCCUUUCAGAAGUCGAAUACUCCAAGGUCAAGCGUCGAGCAAUGUGGAAGCUGGAUUCUAGAAUCAUGCCCUGCAUGGUGUUGAUGUACAUCAUGAAUUAUCUGGACCGACAGAACAUAGCCGCCGCAAAAUUGGCCAACAUCGAGCAGGAUCUCAAAAUGACUGAUGUGCAGUAUCAGACCUGCAUCAGCAUUCUGUUUGUUGGAUAUAUUCUCAUGCAAGUCCCUUCGAACCUCGUGGUCGGCAAAAUCAAGUUACCGGGCGUCUACAUUUGUUUCUCGAUGGCACUUUGGGGUGUCCUCUCCGCUUGUACCGCCGCCGUCACCAAUUCCUCCGGUCUCCUGGCUUCUCGCUUCUUUUUGGGAUUCGUCGAGGCGGUCUUUUUUCCAGGUGCAUUGUUUUAUUUGUCCUUGUUCUACUCGAAAAAGCAGUUUGCACUUCGGACCGCGAUCUUGUAUUCUGGAUCACAACUUGGCAAUGCCUUUGGUGGACUUUUUGCGGUCGCAAUCUUGAAAUUGAAUGGUGUACAUGGCCUUGAGGGCUGGCGAUGGCUCUUCUUGGUCGAAGGGGUUGCCACCAUCGGUCUCGCAAUGAUAAUUGUCUUCAUCCUCCCGAAUUCGCUGAAGUCAAUCAGUGGCUUCAGCAAACUCGAGCACGAAUAUCUCCUGUGGAACUUCGAGGAAGACCAAGGUCAGCAAGACAACGCGGACGAGGUUAGCGCUCGAAAAGGCUUCAUGCUGGCCGUUAUGGAUCCUAAGACAUGGCUCCUCAUGGGCAUUCUGUAUAGUAUCUAUAUUGCGGGCGCCGUCACCAAUUUCUUCCCCUCCGUUGUGGCUACACUUGGAUAUUCUCGGAACAAGACCUAUGGACUCACCGCGCCACCUUAUGUUCUUUGCGUGUUUGCGAUGAUAUUAAAUGGAUUUCACUCUGACAGGAAGCAAGAGCGCUACUGGCACAUCGUAUGUCCGAUGGCGAUCUGCAUGGUAGCAAAUAUUAUUGCCGUGUCCACACUGAACACAGCAGCUCGUUAUGUUGCAAUGAUGUUGAUGCCGGGUUCAUUCUAUUCAGCGGCUGUGGUCGUUUUUAUCUUGGAUUACUGGCAGCCUGUCGCAGCCCUCGAUCAAACGAGCUUCCGCAAUCGCUUUGAUCAACGCGGUCUGCAACACUCCAAAUGGUAUGUAGAUACAAGUCUCUUGCUUGAUAGCCUCUUGGCUGAUAUCGGAUUCUCAGUGUGGGCCUCAUAUCUCUACUACUCCAGCCCGCGGUAUCUAGCUGCCUUCUUGGUCAACCUUGCCUCGUCCGUGUUAGCUAUCAUUUUGGCUACUGCAACGCGCAUAUACCUACGGCGGCAGAAUGACAAGCUGAAUCGCGGCUUAGAUACUGGCGGAAAGGGCCCAACCCCUGCCCAGAUCGCUGCCGGGUUCCGUUAUGUGAUCUAG